CGUAUGUACUUAAUCAGAAUAUCGAAUUAAGUGGAAUCAUGUGUGCUCUCUCCGUGCAACCAGUCACUGGCCCCGUUUCCCCUUUUCGCACUUGAAGCGUGUUUAAUCUUAUCCACGCCUCUAUAUGUAAAAGCGCGCGCACAUACACAUACAUGACCCCAAUAAGUGAAACUAACAACAAAGCACAAAUCCCACUAUUCCAUUCAUUCAUAGCCGUACUAUCUACUCUUAGUAUAUAUAUUAGAUCAUAUUGCUCUGUCUACCUCACCCAAAAUCCCAACUUGGUUUAGAGAUAAGGUCUCUAUUAUACUAUACAUAUGGAUGUUAAGGUUAUUAAGAAAAGUGAAGGAUCACAGGUGCAACAACUUGCAAACGAGAUGGGAUUAAGAAAAGGUCCAUGGACGGUUGACGAGGACGCCAUUCUCACCAAUUAUAUCUCCACACACGGUGAGGGUCACUGGAAUUCCGUCGCACGUUCUGCAGGCAUGUCAAAUUCAUACUCUAAUUAUGACUUUGCUAAACAAAUUUCGUAUCUCUCCUGCAUGGAUAAUUCGUACUAUCAUAUCAUCACCGUUACUUUUAAUAGUUAGCAUACAGCUUGUUCUUAACAGAUUGCAUGUUCUAUCACAUAGUUUGUUCAAUUAUGAUCUAUCGAAAUUAAUUAUGAAAAAGAUAUCAUCAGGAUUGAAGAGAAGCGGUAAAAGUUGCAGAUUAAGGUGGCUAAACUACUUGCGCCCCGACGUGCGCCGUGGAAAUAUCACACUCCAAGAACAGAUAUUGAUUCUUGACCUCCACUUCCGGUGGUCAAAGAUUGCUCAGCACCUGCCAGGAAGAACGGACAACGAAAUCAAGAACUACUGGAGGACGAGGGUGAUAAAGCAGGCGAAGCAGUUAAAGUGCGACGUUAACAGCAAGCAGUUUAGAGACGCCUUGCGUUACGUGUGGAUGCCGCGAUUGCUCGAGAGGCUCCACCCUGCACCACAAAAACUCACUAACCAAACCGAACCUGAAACCCAAACCGGAGUUCUUGUUUCUAACCGAAACGGUUCAGAUUCCGGACCUUUACUGUGCGCGAAACAGAGCAACUGCCUAUCGGACUCGUCGUCGGGACAGAGUGCGAGUGUGGGAAAUCAAUGGUCAAGUUUCAAUAAUCAGCUGUUGUUUGAACAGGGGACAAAUGGAAAUGGUCAUAGUUGUGGUGGUGGUGGUGAGUCACUAGAGUAUUUGUGGAAUGAUGAGAAUGUGUGGUUCUUGCAACAACAACUUUGCGAUGACCUUGAAGUGAAAUUCAAUUCUCUUGCGUGAAGCAUAAUGUGAAGACUUUGAUGUACAAAGUAGGAGUGUAGGUAAUAGGUGGAUUGUGGCCAUUAGGGGAUGAAUUCUCCUACCACCGAUAGCUACAAACACAUGGAAAGUGUACCUAUUAUUGUUAGUCUCUUUCGUUUCAAUAAUGGAAUGUCAAUCUAUUUUAUAAAAA